GGGACGGGCCAGCCGCCUCAGCGCAUGCCCCGUGCACGCGCAGUGCCGGCGGCAGUGAUGGCGGCUCGGUGUGUGAGGCUGGCGCGGCAGAACCUCCCGGCUUUGGCGUUGUCUCUCAGGUCCUCUCCUCGGCUGCUGUGCACAGCUACAAAGCAGAAGAACAAUGGCCAGAACUUGGAGGAGGACGUGGGUCAGAAUGAACAGAAGACAGAUCUGCCCUCUGCAGAGAAGACACUGAUGGAAGAGAAGGCCAAGCUGGAAGAGCAGCUGAAGGAGACCAUGGAAAAAUAUAAGCGAGCUUUAGCAGAUAGUGAGAACUUGCGGCAGAGGAGCCAAAAAUUGGUGGAGGAGGCGAAACUAUAUGGCAUUCAGGGCUUCUGCAAGGACUUGCUGGAGGUGGCAGACAUUCUGGAGAAGGCAACACAGUGUGUCCCAAAGGAGGAGAUUAGAGACGAUAACCCGCACCUGAAGAACCUCUACGAGGGGCUCGUGAUGACUGAGGUCCAGAUCCAGAAGGUGUUCAGGAAGCACGGCUUACUCCGGCUGAACCCUGUGGGGGCCAAGUUCGACCCCUACGAGCACGAGGCCUUGUUCCACACGCCGGUGGAGGGCAAGGAGCCGGGCAUGGUGGCGCUCGUUAACAAAGUGGGGUACAAGCUGCACGGGCGCACCCUGAGACCCGCCCUGGUUGGGGUGGUGAAGGAGGCGUAGCGGCCCUCACGGGCUCCGGGGCUUUGUUAGGAUCACUCGCUGACUCGGGCCGCUUCAUCUUUUCUCGUCUGCGGGUGCGCUUGACCUUUUCCUAAACCUUGUUGCCAGGCUUUAGUGACCAGUGGCUGGACAGGAAGUAAGCCAGUUGCACAGUUGUGUUAAUGAACAUUCGGGAGUUACUAGUUCCACGUGCUUACGGGACAGGCCGGCGGGACGCUACUGGACCCUAGGGUAUCGGGAAAAACACCGUGUCUGCUCAGAUUCGGGGGACGUCAGAGUAUUUCAAGUGAAUAAAAGGUCUUCAGGAA